UGCCUCAAAUCAAAUGGCUCUCGGCCGGAACCGCCAUCUUCCAGUAAUUCGUCAAAAUGACCAACACAAAGGGAAAGAGGAGGGACACCCGCUACAUGUUCUUUAGGCCUUUUAGAAAACAUGGAGUUGUUCCUUUGGCCACAUACAUGUGAAUCUACAAGAAGGGUGAUAUUGUAGAUAUCAAGGGAAUGGGCACUGUUCAAAAAGGAAUGCCCCACAAAUGUUACCAUGGCAAACCUGGGAGAGUCUACAAUGUUACCCACCAUGCUGUUGGCAUCAUUGUAAACAAACAAGUUAAGGGCAAGAUUCUUGCCAAGAGAAUUAAUGUGCGUAUCGAGCAUAUUAAGCACUCUAAGAGCCGGGAUAGCUUCCUGAAACGGGUGAAGGAAAAUGAUCAGAAAAAGAAGGAAGCCAAAGAGAAAGGUACAUGGGUUCAGCUGAAGCACCAGCCUGCUCCAGCCAGAGAAGCACACUUCGUGAGAACCAAUGGAAAGGAGCCUGAACUGUUGGAGCCCAUUCCCUAUGAAUUCAUGGCAUGAUGGGUGUAAAGAAAAUAAAAGACCUAGACUGUAAAAAAAAAAAAAAAAAAAA